AUGGUCGCCAAGAGCUCGGGCAACUUGACUGCGGGCCUACACCCGAUCGCAGCCCAAUGUAUUCCUUCGAUAAGGCUGCAAGUGCCAACCUUCCUCGCUCCUUUUCUCAUUCGCAACGUUGGCACCACUACAUCGCGUUCACCUCUGGACAAGAAACUUGCAUCCGGCUCAGGCAUUGCAGGAGUAGCGAUAAUCCGCAUCUCCGGCCCUCGAACCUCCGAACUCUACUUCUCCCUAUGUCUCACCUCACGUCUCACUCGAUAUCGUCGUCUCCCAUCCUCUCACAAACUCGUCCUCCGCAACAUACAUGAUCCUAUCUCUGGCGAGCUUCUAGACGUAGGAGCAGGAAUUAUCUACUUUCCGGCUGGGAGAAGUUACACUGGCGAACAAGUGUUAGAACUGCACAUCCACGGAGGCAGUGCUACUGUGCGGGAUGUCAUGGAUGCAAUUUGGGCUUGCAGCAAUGUUGCAUCAAACAACGUUGGAAAAGGAGAGCGGCUAUGCGGUAGGGUUCGACCAGCAGAUCCAGGAGAAUUCACAAGAAGAGCAUAUACAAAUAAUCGCCUCGACCUGGCUUCAGCUGAAGCACUCCAUUCCCUCAUCACUAGCGAGACUUCUAGACAGCGUCAAGUAGCAUUAUUCGGCGCGUCAGGCUUACAAACCCAACUAUACGAAGAGAUUCGAGCGCGACUGUUGGGAUUCAUGGCAAUGAUGGAAGCCUUGAUUGAUUUUGGCGAUCAAGAUGGAGUUGAAGACGGCACUCUUCACGCUGCCCUGUCCUCUGUUGAAUCGCUUGCUACGAUGCUCAGAUCUGAACUUGGUCUGAGGCCCAGCAAGGAAGAAGAAAAGGGGAGCAGGAUACAAAGGCAGAAGAGGCACGUGGGCGAGAUACUAACAAAUGGCAUCAGACUGGCAAUAUAUGGACCACCCAAUGCAGGUAAAUCUAGCUUGUUGAACAGGUUGGCGGAUAGAAAAGCGGCUAUAGUAUCCGAUCUUCCGGGCACAACCAGGGAUGUGUUACAGGUCAAUUUGGAUUUGGCUGGCUACAAGGUGCUAGUCUACGACACCGCGGGGAUUCGCGACGAUCCAGAGAGGAGUAGUGAUGUAGAGGGAUGGGACAGAAAGGUGGAUGAAAUAGAAGCAAUAGGAAUAGAAAGAGCAAUAGAAGCUGUACGAGAAGCCGACCUCUCACUCCUCGUUCUACCUGCGACCACCGAGGGCUCAACCAAGUUCGAAGUGCUUCGACCAAACAGCUACACAGAAAACGAUCCGGAUCUUGUCUUUUAUAACAAAGUCGAUCUUCUUCCGCACACCUGCAACACUUCAGACCCGGUCCCAAGGAGGAGAGUUUGGAAGGGCAGCGUUCUCACCGGCUCUCAACUCCCCGAUCUUAUUGACGGUCUAGCAGAGCUGAUAGCUAAGAAAUACGUAAUCACGCAAACAGAGGCUCCGUUGAUCACGCAAUCACGACACAGUUUCUUGCUCAGCGAGUGCUUGGAUCACGUAGAUCAGUUCCUAGCGCUUGCAGGAGGAGAAGAAAUGCAUCCCGUCCUUGCAGUGGAAGAGUUAAGAUAUGCUGCGAAAGCGGUGGGAAAGCUCACGGGAAGAGAUGUCAGUCCCGAUGAGAUUUUGGGUAGUAUCUUUUCUACUUUUUGUAUUGGCAAGUAG